ACGAGGAGCACAGAGCGCGCUUUAAGCAGCGAUUUCUGUGGUUUCUAGAAGCGCAUGUGCCCAGCAGAGACAAAUUCAACUUGACAAGUGUUUUGUUUUAAUAAACAGUUAAUCUAAGUGAAGUGGUUUAGGUUAGUUAACCAACCAACAUGGGUUCGAAAAGAACACCAGGAAAUUUAACUAUACGGCACAGAUGGAUGUUCGUGUUCACUCUGGCACACAUGGCAAUCUUACCAUCUUUAUUUGAAGGAAAGACGAUAAAAUACCAAACAUAUGAAGAAGAUGCUCCUGACACAGUGAUCGGAAACCUCGCCAAGGACAUGUCUUUGAGUCCCUCACAGGGUACCAAGACGAAUUUCAGGAUGAUGAAACAAUUUAACACUUCUGUUAUUAGACUUAGGGAAAGCGACGGACAGCUUUCCAUCGGCGAACGAAUCAACAGAGAAUUAAUCUGCAAACACACGCUUCAGUGUCUCAUCGCUUUCGAUGUUGUUAGUUUUUCCAAAGAGCAAUUUAAAUUAAUACACGUUGAAGUGGAAGUCAAGGACAUCAAUGAUCACUCACCUGAGUUUCCGAACAAGGAAUCUACAUUGGAAAUUUCUGAAAGCUCUUCUGUGGGUUCCAGAUUUCCCUUAGAUGUUGCUGUUGACGAGGAUGUUGGCAUAAAUUACAUUCAAAGCUACCAGAUUUCAGUGAACAGUCAUUUUACCAUUGACGUUUUGAACAGAGCAGACGGGGUUAAAUAUGCGGAGCUGGUGCUAAUGAAAGAGCUGGACAGGGAAACUCAAUCCUCCUACGCUCUAGAGCUUGUUGCUACCGACGGUGGAAAUCCACCGAAAUCUGGCUCCACAAGGAUAAACAUCAAAGUUAAAGACUUUAAUGAUAACAGACCAGUUUUCGACCAGAACAAUUUCUCAGUAGAUUUGCUUGAGGACGCACCAGUUGGGUUCCUUUUAUUGGAUUUAAACGCGGUUGAUCCAGACGAGGGCUUAAACGGAGAAGUGGUGUAUGCGUUUGGAAAUCAGGUGUCUGCUGAGAUCCGACAACUUUUUAAAGUGGACCGUAAAACAGGACGCUUGACACUCGAAAGCCCAAUAGAUUUUGAGAGUAAGAAAACGUACGAAUUAGACGUGCAGGCGUCUGAUUUAGGUCCGAACCCAUCAGCUUCCAUCUGUAAAAUAAUUAUUCACGUCCAAGACGUGAAUGAUAAUGCCCCAGAAAUUAGUAUUACGCCCAUGACUUCCAUCACUGCGGGAAUAGCGUAUAUCAGCGAGGCUGCAGCCAAAGACAGCUUUGUGGCACUAAUCAGCACCUCGGACAGGGAUUCUGGCGCGAACGGGCAGGUUCACUGCACGCUGUAUGGACACGACCACUUCAAAAUUCAGCAGGCGUACGAGGACAGUUACAUGAUCGUAACGACGGCACCGCUGGACAGAGAAAAGAUAGCCGAAUAUAAUUUGACUGUGGUGGCCGAGGAUUUGGGGUCUCCUCCAUUCAGGACAAUAACACAAUACACCAUUAGGCUGAACGAUGAGAACGACAACGUCCCCCUGUUUAGCAAGCCAGUGUAUGAAGUUUCGGUGGUGGAAAACAAUGCUCCAGGCGCGUACAUCACCACAGUCGUGGCGAGGGACCUUGAUUUAGGGCACAAUGGCAAAGUCAUCUACAGGCUUUCGGACACUCAGAUCAUGGACUCCCCAGCGUCAACAUUUGUGUCUCUUGAUCCAGCUACAGGUUCCAUUUAUGCACUCAGAAGUUUCAACUAUGAGGUCAUGAAACAGCUGGAAAUUCGAAUUCAGGCAACCGACGGGGGUUCGCCCCCCCUGCAAAGCAGCGCAGUCAUCAAUCUAAAAAUAGUUGAUCAGAAUGACAACGCUCCCUCCAUCACGCAACCCGUCCUAAAUAAUGGAUCUGCCGAAGUACUUCUACCGAAAGAUGCGCCUUCAGGUUAUAUUAUUACCCAGAUAAAGGCAACAGAUGCUGACGAGGGCUCAAAUGCAGAGCUGUCAUACAGUAUUUCUAAGGGAGAGGACGCAUUUUCCAUGAAUAAAGUCACUGGACAAAUAUAUUUAAACCGUGAAAUAAACUGUGAUGUUAACGAGAGCUUUAAAAUUUCAGUUACAGUCAGCGAUAAUGGGAGACCUUCACUGGCUUCCACAGCUACUAUCCACUUCAUUGUAAUUGCAGGAGCUCCCCCAACCGACCACACUAUGGUCAAACACAACACAGACGAAGACCUCAUUCAGUGGGACAUGUCAGUUAUCAUAAUUGUAGUUCUCGCUGGGAGCUGCUCCCUCCUUUUGCUGGCCAUUAUCUUAAUCGCAACUACUUGUAAUCGACGCAAACAGCAAAAGAAAAGUGGCGACUUCCAGGACGAAGUGGACGUACCGGACUUGGAGAGAGCGAAAAACAACUGCGACCCGCUCAUCUCUAGCCACAGCGCCGAUGUAUUCGACGUCCGACCGUACGCAUCAUUUCCGCAUUCCCACACUGCGGGGAGCAACGUGGGUGAAGACGGCAGCGCGACCACAUGCGUGUACUCACCUGAAAACAGAAUCCGGGGUGCCAAAUAUGAGGGCUAUUCUACACUACCUGGAUAUGGCAAAGAAGCUGUCAGACCAAUUACAAUAUGGAAGGGCAAUUCUUACACAACUAUUUCUGCAAGAGACCCUCAGUUCAGUGGGAAGGACAGCGGGAAAGGGGACAGUGACUUUAAUGACAGCGAUUCUGACAUAAGUGGAGAUGGCAUCAAAAAGGAUUGCCCCCCACCCGACCUUCAGAGUGGACUGUGGGCAUGUACGAGCGAAUGCAAGAUUCUUGGUCACUCAGAUCGGUGCUGGAGCCCAUCUGCAGUUAGGUCCAACGCCAGCUCUGCCCAUGGACAGCACCUCUCCCCAUUUGACAAGACGGCGUCUCUGCCCCGAGACACUCUUCGACGAGACAACUACUACCAGGCGCACAUACCCAAGACAAUCGGCCUGCAGAGUGUCUAUGAGAAGGUUCUGCACAAUGAACACGACUAUGUACUAGUUUCUACGCCACGACCUGUCAGGGCACAAGAGAUGAACGAAAUAGUAAUCCCUGUAUACGCGCCUAAUACACCGCGCUGUCAUGCAAAUCAUGUUUAACGUUGUAUAAAAUAGACGGGUUAUGGUAUGAAAUACAGCACGC